GUAAACAUUGAUAUCUGAUAAAUUUUGUUUAUUUUUUUAUUUUCACUUCAAUAUUCAAUCAAGCAAUUAAAUUAUUUAAAGUUUCUCGUUAAUUAAAAUAAAAUACACCUGUUGGACAUCGAAUUUAAAUACUCUUCUUACCAUGGCUGCCAUUAGAAAAAAACUCGUCAUCGUCGGUGACGGUGCUUGUGGAAAGACUUGUCUGUUAAUUGUGUUUUCCAAAGAUCAAUUCCCCGAAGUAUAUGUACCCACUGUAUUUGAGAACUAUGUAGCUGAUAUAGAAGUCGAUGGCAAACAAGUAGAACUAGCACUGUGGGAUACAGCGGGUCAAGAAGAUUAUGACAGACUAAGACCAUUGUCCUAUCCUGACACGGACGUGAUUCUCAUGUGUUUCUCAAUAGAUUCACCAGAUUCGUUAGAGAAUAUCCCAGAGAAAUGGACACCAGAGGUGAAACAUUUCUGUCCAAAUGUGCCGAUUAUAUUGGUCGGUAACAAAAAAGACUUGCGCAAUGAUCCAAACACAAUUCGUGAGCUGAGUAAAAUGAAGCAAGAGCCUGUGAGGCCAGAAGAAGGGCGAGCAAUGGCCGAAAAGAUCAAUGCAUUUGCUUAUUUGGAAUGUUCAGCUAAAAGUAAAGAGGGUGUCCGUGAAGUAUUUGAAACUUCAACUAGAGCAGCUUUACAGGUUAAAAAGAAAAAGAAGGGACGAUGCCGUCUACUUUAAAUUAAUAGAAAUCAUACAAAAAAAUGAAUAACAUAAAUUGCCAUGGUUUUAUUUUUAAUUUAAGUUCUAUUCUCGCGUUUCAGUCUUCCGGAUUAUAGCCAAGCAUAAUAUAUUUCAAUGAAAUUUUUUUUUUUCAUAGUAAGGGGAUAAGGUUACUUAAUUGUCAAUUUCAAUUCUCAUCUAUAAAUAUUGUUUUUCUUUUUGUUAAGAUAUUUAUAUAUAUAUAUAUAUAUAUUUUUUUUUACAGCUCCUCUGACCUAUAAUAUACCAUUAAAAUAACUCCCUUAUGACUGUGCUAACCUUUAAUGGUUACCAAAAUUAAACACCAAAUAUUAAUUAUUGAAAUAACUCAAAAUGAAAUAUUAGUUUUACAAUCAAUAAUCAUUAAUCGUAUUAUCUUGCAUAGAAAUUCAAUUUUGUAGUAUUAGAUUAUAUUAUAUGAUCCAAAAUAAAUUGUAUUAAUAAUAUGUUUGACCGACCUUAGGUGUUCCUUAUUCUAAUCACAUCUUUAGUAUUUUUACAUCCAUUGUACUAGUUUGGAAAAGAAAGAGCUUUUUUAUAGGCAGGAUUUAACCAUAAGGCAGUGUGACAUAAUUUAACCAUUAACACUAAUGUGUGAAUACUGAAUAUAUCAUUGGUUAUCUUAAAAAUAAAAUUUCAGUAUUACCUGUUGUAUUUCAUCAGUACUCUUUUUUUAUAUACAUUUACUGCCUUUUUAUGUAAAUUAAAAAAUAUAUUUCUUUAUAAAUAUGAUAUUAAUACAUAUCAAAAAAAGCUUAAGAAAAUGUAGUUCAGUAGUUAUAAUCACCAUGCUUCUUAAGAAUUUCUUUAGUUUGUUUUAUACAUUUCAAAAUAUGUUCUGAUAAUAAAUAUUAUAUUAAAUUAAUUUUCAGUUAUAAUUUUAUAUUGUCUAUUGUAUCUGUUUUAUAUUAUCUUACUUUUGAAAUGUGGUAUUUAUUGAGUAAAUUAGGUCAUUUUUCUUAAACUGUAUAAAUUACAUUUUCAAUAAGUUAAGUUUUUAAUCAGCUAAAUGCU